CCCACACCCACCCACACCCACACCCACACCCACACCCUACAAAUAUCCUGAAUUAAGAACGUUCUAUUAUAUACCCGAAGCAUACAAAACUCAAGCUGAUUUAUUAGAUGCUAAUGAAAUCAAACAAGCAAGUGAAAAUUUUAUUUCAUUAUAUUCGAAUAUAAUUGAAAAUAGCGAUACAAGAUUUGAUGAAUUAAUUCGAGAAAAAGCUGUUGAACUUUAUGAACAAGGUGUUCGUUCAUUUCAAAUUAAAUAUUAUGGUGAGACUCUUGUUCAUGUUAUUAAAUAUGAACUAAGAGAUGAAUUAAAUGUAGAAGAAAAACAAGCUUGA